AUGACUACAGCGGUGACGAAAAUUAUCGCCACAUGUUGUUUUAUUUUUGCCAUUAAUACUAUCUUUUCUUCUAGUGAGCCCCCGACCCGCCCCGACGUGCUCUUCCUGCCUGUUGUCUUUAAAUCUUGUGGCAUCAUUGUCGCUGUCAUUGUCAACGUGUAUGGCCAUGCUUUCUGCUGCAAUCUCACCUCCUCAUUUUGUGUCAUUUUCGAUCUGGCGUCAACGGACGUUGGCAAGGUAGAACAUCCUGUAACUGAGAUGAUUGUUGGCCAAGAUCUUGUGGAGUGGCAAAUUCGUGUUGCAAAUGGAGAACCUCUUCCCCUGACUCAGGAACAAGUGCCCUUGAAUGGACAUUCCUUUGAGGCUCGAAUAUAUGCUGAAAAUGUCAUGAGAGGUUUUCUUCCUGCAACUGGAACCCUAAACCACUACCGGCCAGUCCCUGUUACCCCAACAGUGAGAGUCGAAACGGGAGCAGAGGAAGGAGAUACUACCAGCAUGCAUUAUGAUCCAAUGAUUGCUAAGCUUGUGGUGUGGGGCGAAACUCGCAAUGCUGCAUUGGUCAAACUAAAGAGCUGCUUGUUAAACUUUCAGCAAUGCUACAAUUUUGAUUGA